AUGGUACUCCACCGGGAGGAACAGGUUGCAUGCGUGUGCGAAGUGUUACAACAAUCGGGUAACAUAGAAAGGCUCGGACGUUUCCUAUGGUCUUUGCCAGCGUGUGAAAAAUUACACAAACACGAAAGCGUUUUGAAAGCCAAAGCCAUUGUUGCUUUUCAUAGGGGUAAUUUCAAAGAACUUUAUAGGAUAUUAGAAAGUCAUCAGUUUUCACCGCACAAUCAUCCAAAGCUCCAAGCUCUCUGGUUAAAAGCUCAUUACGUCGAAGCUGAAAAAUUACGUGGUAGACCAUUAGGUGCCGUUGGUAAAUAUCGUGUAAGAAGAAAAUUUCCACUUCCUAGAACGAUAUGGGACGGAGAAGAAACUAGUUAUUGCUUUAAAGAAAAAUCUAGAUCCGUUUUGAGAGAUUGGUAUUCUCACAAUCCUUACCCGUCACCGAGAGAGAAAAGAGAACUCGCAGAAGCGACUGGACUGACAACAACUCAAGUUUCCAACUGGUUUAAAAAUCGUAGGCAAAGGGAUCGAGCCGCCGAGCAAAAGGAUGGAACCGGAAGAAGUUCUUCUGCUGGUGAAGAAAAAGGAAUUUCCGCAGGUCCAUCCGGUUUGGAUUCAAGUUCAGAAUCAAUAGAUGGUGAUAUACCAACUUCGUCAUUGGCUUUAGAAAGAAAACCCGGUUUGGAACUUUCUCAGGUAUCAAACGUUACUCAAGGUCACGGUCCGACGGAGUCUUCAUUUGGAGAACUUAAAGGAAGUAAUGCUGGAUCUUAUCAGGCCCAUGCACAUGCUCAUCAUCAACUACUAGGUACUCACGGUGAUAUACCAUUACUACACGAUUACCAUUCUUUGUGA